AUGAAGAAGCUGUGGGAAGAGUUGAAUACCUUGAAUACCCAUGCUCAAUGCAAAUGCCAGUGUACAUGUGGUGCCAAGGCGAGCAGGCACAAGGCUGAGCAGGACAGGAGGUUAAUUCAGUUUCUAAUGGGAUUAAAUGAAGUUUACACUGCUGUCAGGGGAAGCAUUCUGAUGAUGAACCCCUUACCUUCCUUAGCACAAGCAUUUGCGAUUCUCAUCCAAGAGGAGAAACAAAGGGAGAUGAAACCAAAUAAUCAAUUGAUGAUUGACUCUAGUGCUUUGAGUGUGAACAGGGCAGCAAACAACAACUUCAGAACCAGUUAUAGUCAACAAGGAAAUGGAUCUGGAGGGAGCUCCUACACAAACUACAACCAGUCAAGUGGGACUGAGGGCAAUAGCUUCAGGGGAAAUUAUCCUACAAAUAGACCACGUCCAGUCUGUGACUAUUGCAAGAAGCCAGGGCACACCAAUGAUAGGUGCUACAAGCUCCAUGGUUACCCACAAGACUCUAAGUUCAAUAAGGGAAAACGAGUAGCUGCAAAUGUGUUUGGAGAUUAUGGUGACAAGGUUGCUGGCAUAGGAGAUGGGGAAAGGCCACAGACUAAAGAAGAAGGACGAACUGGAAGUGCAGAAGACAGUUCUGAGAUGAAGGCUGGAGCAGUAAAUUUUGCAGGUAUUUCAGCUUGCUCUACUUCUCUUGAUUCUAGUGUUCAUUCAUAUGAAUGUUUUAAACCAAAUGCUGACUCUUGGAUACUUGAUUCCGGGGCCACAAAUCACAUGACAUACAACAAAUCCAUUCUAAGUAAUAUCAAAACCUUAGUUUGUCCUUUUCUAGUUACACUGCCUGAUGGAUAUAAAGUGAAGGCCCCUUCACUGAAGAGGACUCUGGAGAUUGGUAAGGCUUCUGAUGGCCUAUACUAUCAAAUUUCAGAACUCUGCAAGAAUGUUGCAAUCCCUACUCAAAUUCCUACUCAAGUUUCAUCUAUAUACCUGAUAAGAAUAAUUUCAUUUGAAGAGGCAGUUGUAAGCCCUGCAUGGCAGUCAGCCAUGAAUCAAGAGUUUGAGGCUUUGAUUGCUAACAAUACAUGGAGUCAUGUACCAUUGCCAGUUGGUAAGAGUGCAGUAGGGUGUAAGUGA